AUGCGUCUGUCCCAGGAUAGCGGAGGACGGAGUGAGCUGUUGCUGGCGUUACAUCCCGCCUUUGUCGACGCUUUGCCAGCCGCAGGUUCAGGAUCCUCCAUUCAAGACAACAAUUGUAUCGCACUUCUGCGACAUGAAAUCGCAAUGAUGGCAAUCAUCUUUCACAGCGGUCUUGCUGAAGAGAACCUGUCAGCAGAUAAUUUCUGCGCAUGCACCGACAGCCUCGACAGUAUUCUCGACCAGUUCGAGGGCCUCGUGGACGCAUCAAUCUUGACUGAAGCCACUGGGGGCAACAGAGACCACAGCGAAGGGGACUUCCCUAGGCUUGUUGCCCUCAGAGACCGAAUACUUCGAGAACAGUUACAUUCCGCAUCGCGCUACAUCUCGUUCGGCAAAAAGGCAUUGCAGCGCAAUACGACCAUGAUCGCAACAAGCUUCAACCAGACACUCUCGAAAGCCUUUGCAGGUACCCAUGGCAAGCUAGGUGCUCCAGUGCUCUCUGACUCUGAAGAGGGCGGCGAGCCGGAUACUGCAGCGAUACGCCAGGUAGAAGAGCUCUCGUCAAAUCUGGAAGGACUGUUCGAACAACUGAAGAGGUCAAUAUGCUCGAAGAAUCCACAAGGUCACAAUGUCCACGUGCGCCUGUCUGAGUUUACCGACAAUGAACUUGAAAUGAUGAUAUCUAUUUGCGGUAAUCAACGUCUAUGGCAGCAAGUCAUUUUUGGUAUAGGGCACGCUCACAAUGGCGAGGUGCAAGAGAGGUAUAUGAGGGAGAUUUGCUCCGAGCUCACAAGGUCAUACCGUGUCAGAAAGAUACUAUCAAUGGACUUCAACGGAAAGGGUUUCUCGAGAAGCUCAAACACCACGAAAGCGCGCUCUAAAGGGCAAACAAUGCUACAAACGAAAAGUCUAAGAGAGAUUCUUCAGAAAGAGGAAGAACUGCGACAGGGGAGACUGAGCCACUACAGGACGAUCAAGAAGAAGGAUAAGAGAAGACUGGGCAUGCUCCUUUCCAACUCUCUUAUACACUACUACGGCAGUCCCUUACUCCGAAGCCCGUGGAGCGCCAAUACGAUCCAUAUUCGACAGCACAAAGACGUCAGCCCUGGCCAAAACCCAAUGUCUGAAGCAUACUUGAGUUGCGAUUUUGACUUUAAGCCGGAGGAGCUCGAUAUCGCCAGAGACCCAGUGCCGGGAGAUCCCUUCGUUCUGGCUCUAGCAGCGCUAUUGAUAGAGCUUGAACUAGAGAGAGAAGUCACAGUUCUCGACGAAGAUAUCGACCAAAUUACUGGGGAAAAGUCACUAUACAUGGCAGUCACCCGUUGGCACGGAGACUUGGAUCAGUACUUGGAGUACAUGGAUCCAUUCCCGGAUAUCAUUGAUUCGUGUCUGCAAAUCUGUACCGAUCUUGACGAAGUGGACAGCGAAAACUAUCACAACAGACUCAGAAGCGAGAUACUGACCAAGGUGAUCUGCCCUCUGAACCAACGAGAUCGGGUUCUUAGCAAGUCAUGGAAUUGUAUCCGAGCUUCAAUCACGGCGACACUCCGGGACAUACCAUCUUACCACAGCCCCAUCUCCGUGGACUCUUCUCUGUCUCCGAUAAAAGGUUCUUACGAGCUGUCGGUGCCCAGCGAGAAGAUCACCAGAGAUGAAGGAGUUUCCAUGCAGCCACUAUUACAUCCUCCACGCUCAUCCCUGGAGAUGACUGAGCCAGUCCUCCUUUUAUCCAAUGGAAGCAUAUCAAACAGUGUCCAUUGGCUAAAAGAAUUUGACCGAAUCAACAGGAGCCUAGAGAGUUUGCGAGUCGCCGCACAGAACGUUGAGAACGUUAGGGUAGCUGUUCUAGAUACCGGCUGUGACUCAGACGCACCUUGCAUUGCAGGCAUGCCUGGUGCCAUAGGACGAUUGGCUGCUCAUUGGCAUGACUUUCAAGAAGCGUCGCCCGAGCCCAUAGAUGAGGAUAUGAACCAGCAUGGUACGGCGCUUACAGCCCUAUUGCUCAGAGUCGCACUGCAUGCCGACAUCUUCGUCGGACGAGUUGCCAAACACGAGAGGGGGCUAUUUGAGUCUACGCACAAUAUUUCAAUGGCUAUCAGGUACGCCACCAUAGAAUGGAAGGCCGACAUCAUCACCAUGUCCUUCGGCUUCCCUUUCAAAGUGCGUGAGAUUGAAAACGCUAUUGCAGAUGCCAAUCGCCGGCGAAGAGACGCAGGGAGAAGCGAAGUCAUCUUCUUCGCAGCUGCAAACAAUGACGGAGCAAAUUCCGAAGAGCUGUUUCCCGCAAGCCACGAAGCGGUCAUAUCCGUACGCGGAACGGACCAUACCGGAGCAUUCAUCAACAAGUUUAGCCCAAAGCCCAGGCCACAAAAGGCCGGAGGCUUGCUCUAUGGGACUUUGGGACAGAAUGUUCCGUAUGACAUUGGAGACGCGGGCGCUCAGGCCUCGGGAUGCUCGGUGGCAACGCCCAUCAUGGCGAGCAUUGUAGCGACGAUUAUGCAGUAUGUGAACUACACUGGAGGCUUGGAUGAGGAGACGAGAGCGAGGCUGCGGACGCGAGAGGGAGUUGUCCAGCUCUUGGAACACAUUUCCGAGAAGGAGGAUUCUGGACACCGACGGUAUGUUGCGCCGUGGAUGUUUUUUAGAUGGAAUGAUAUGGAGAGGAUGUCGGCCAUAGUCUAUGCUCUCUCCAAGUUGGAGCGGCAUAUGUAG